CCAGCUGCAACAUGGAUCACCGAACACAUCGAUCCAUCCCUCUACCAAGCAAGAAACAAGAAACAUUACACCAAAAAACUAGCUAGCUAGCCAAUGGCCUCCAUGUCCUCCUUCCGACUUGCCGUGGCGGUGGCUGCACUAUUGGUCAUUGGCUCACAUGCCACAGAGCUCACCUUCAAGGUUGCUGAGGGCUCUAGCGCCACUAGUCUAGAGCUCGUCACCAACGUCGCCAUCUCUGAGGUGGAGGUCAAGGAGAAAGGCGGCAAGGACUGGGUGGGGCUCAAGGAGUCGGGCUCUAACACCUGGACACUCAAAAGUGAUGCACCACUCAAGGGCCCCUUCUCCGUUCGCUUCCUUGUCAAGAACGGUGGCUACCGUGUCGUCGAUGAUGUCAUCCCUGAAAGCUUUACUGCCGGCUCUGAAUAUAAGAGUGGCAUCCAACUCUAAGUAACAGGCGUGCAUACUCUUGUGUUGGGUCAUAUUGGAAUUAUGAACCUCUAAAUAAUUAUGUCUUAAAAGAGAUCGCUCCAUGUUCGAGCGAACCAUUAAUUAAUUUUCUAUUAAUUAAUUUUCUGUGGUUAUUUUUUUGUAAUGGGCUAGUGGCAAAAUAAGGCAUACAUGUGUACUCCAAAAUAUUGCUGUGGAGCUAUAUGCAAAGCAUGGUUUUGAAUAUAUGUUAUUUAUAUAAGAUAUAUGGGAAAAAGUAUAUUUGGUCAACUUUCAUUAA